AUGGCAACCACCAUACAUUCUCAUUACCAAGCCCUGCACUACGGGACCCUCCUGGGCAGCAGAGCUUGUGCCCACAUGGCAGCAGCAGCCUGGGCCACUGGGUUUCUCAGUGCUCUGCUGCACACAGCCAAUACAUUUUCCCUGCCCCUGUGCCAGGGCAAUGCCCUGGGCCAGUUCUUCUGUGAAAUCCCACACAUCCUCAAGCUCUCCUGCUCACACUCAGGCUACCUCAGGGAAAUUGGGCUCAUUGAGAUUAGUGCCUGUUUAGUGUUUGGUUGUUUUGUUUUCAUUGUUUUCUCCUAUGUGCAGAUCUUCAGGGCUGUGCUGAGGAUCCCCUCUCAGCAGGGACGGCACAAAGCCUUUUCCACCUGCCUCCCUCACCUGGCCGUGGUCUCCCUGUUUCUCAGCACUGUCUUGUUUUCCUACCUGAAGCCCCCCUCCAUAUCCUCUCCAUCCCUGGAUCUGGUCCUGUCAGUUCUGUACUCAGUGGUUUCUCCAAUCUGGAGGGGAAAAGAGUCCUAG